AGCUUUUAUCAGAGAAUCCCAACAUUAAAAGAAUUGAAAAUCCUGGAAGAAAGUCAAUUUUGUAUUUUGAUGAGGUGAGUCAAUCGUGAUCAUUAGCGAAUAUGAAUGCCUGUUGUGGUAUCUUCAAAAGUUGAAGACAGAUUGGACUUUUCUGUAUACCCUGAAAUCUUAUUCUGCAGAUCGCCAAGAGUGAUGAACUAUGUGUGAACAUCACGUCAUUAAGAACUCACGCAGUCGGUAAAGCUCAACCUAUCCCUGUCGUUGUCUACGAUUAUUACAAACCAGGUAUGCGCAUUUAAUGAAACUAAACUAACUUUAUUUAUACUGGAUAUAGUUCUAUCAGUUCUAAACUGUUCUUCUCAGAGGUCCAGUAAGGAUCAUCUCUUAUUGAGCCAGUGUUACUACAGGAGGAAACCUAAACUAAACUAACUUUAUUUAUACUGGAUAGCUCUAUCACUAUCAGUUCUAAACUGUUCUUCCUUGAGGUUCAGUAAGGCCAUAAUUUCUUAUUGAUCCAGUGUUACUACAGGAUGAAACCUGAACUAAACUAACUCUAUUUAUACUGGAUAGCAGUUAUAAACUUUUUUCCUAGACAGUCCAGUAAGGGUAUCUCUUAUUGAUCCAGUUUUACUACAGGAUGAAACUUGAACUAAACUAACUUUAUUUAUUUAUACUUGAUAGCUCUAUCAGUUCUGAACUGUUCUUUCUAGAGGCCCAGUAAGGGGCAUCUCUUAUUAAUACAGUAUUACACAGGAGGACACCAGAACAAACCUCCUGAGUAAGUUGCAGAGGUUAAAGGCCCGUAGGUUUAACCAUUGUGCUAUUCUUAACGCUAAAAUAUAUUUUGCUGACAUCUUUUCAGAGAAACGUGCUGUGGUGAUGUACUCCGCGGGUCAAGGGGUAGACGUGUGUGAUGUUUGCCCCGACUGCAUUGACUGCAAGGAACGCGCGGGUGGGAGGACUUGUAACGAGACGUUGAACUGUUCCACAGGCCCCGCUACUGAUGAACCGAGCGCCGUUGAUGAUGGGUCGGCAAGUACUCAUGGGAUAUCUCUGCUACUGGUUAUCAUUGUGGAGUUAUCUUUGAUGCUACACUUUGAAUUUUGAGUUUUCAACGAUACGGUUGUUUUACUACAAGUAGUUGAUGAUUUAGUACAUAGUCUUUUUUUCCUGCAAGCUGGCUAUGCAGAACUCACCCCAGUAUAUACAUGAUGGUUGGGUUGGAUGAACUGGUUGACUUUAGGCCGAUUGAUACUACACAAUUUUUGCCCGGCUAAAACUGUCGCAUGCAACCUGCUUACAACUUGAGUUGUACUGUGUAAAUCAUGGGCAGGUUGGAUGCGACGGUUUUAGGAAAAAACUAUUUGUGUAGUGUAAAUCGGCCUUUCAAUUGACUGAUUAAGGUAACUGGUAUAAACUAUAAAUUGC